UUUUUUUCAAAAUAAAUACAGAAUAUAGAGAGCGGAAUCAGCCUCUCGACCUUCUCCCGUGCCUUGCCGGUGUCGGGAAGGGAUCUGGGCGAGCUGACGACGAAAGAGAAGAUUAAGAAGAAAGAAGUGAUUCGACUCCUCGGAUCAUUUGUGCUUCGAAUUUGGGUUUUUCUUUUUUCCUGGAUUCUUGAGCAGGGAUCAUGGAUUCGAUAAAUGGAUCUGAAGCACCUCAAGAAUCUGAUGUGAAAUCCUUCUUCGACUCAGCCCCGCCUCUGAGAGAUGGCGAUCUAAUCUGCCGGAAGUUGAAAGAGUUCAUGGAUGGGAUCGCUCGAUCCUCAGAAAGUGGGAGCCCUGUUAGGGUUGUUUGUGUGACUUCUGGUGGCACUACUGUUCCCCUGGAGCAGAGAUGUGUGCGAUACAUUGAUAAUUUCAGCUCAGGUUACAGAGGAGCAGCAUCUACAGAGUAUUUUGUGAAGGCUGGAUAUGCAGUUAUCUUUGUUUAUCGACGGGGAAGCUGUCAACCUUACUGUAGUUAUCUUCCACAAGAUUCAUUUCUUGAGUUCUUCGAUCUCACAGAGGACUCAUCAAUUCAAGUGUGCCAGUCACAUGCUACGGUGGUCAAAAAGGCAAUCAGAGAUUACCGUAAGGCAGUGGACGAAGGCUUACUGCUGAAACUUCCUUUCACCACUAUUUUUGAAUAUCUCCAGAUAUUAAAGUUGGUGGCUACAUCAAUGAGUUGUACUGGCACACAUGGGAUGUUUUACCUUGCUGCUGCAGUGUCUGACUUUUAUGUCCCAUGGGAGAGCAUGGCAGAACAUAAGAUCCAGUCAGCGGUUGGUCCUUUGGACAUGCGACUCACCCAAGUGCCUAAAAUGCUCUCGGUGCUGAGAAGAGAAUGGGCACCCUCAGCAUUUUGCAUAUCAUUCAAGUUGGAAACAGAUCCAGAUAUCUUACUUCAAAAAGCUGACGCGGCUAUGAGAAAGUAUGGAAUGCAUGUUGUCAUAGCUAACGCGUUGGCAACAUACAAGGAGGAAGUUAUCUUUGUCACAAAAGGUGGGAGGACUACUGUUCGCAGGCACAAUAAGGACAGUGACUUGGAGGAACAACUUACUGAUCUCCUUGUAGAGACGCACUCUGAGUACAUCAAGCAGCCUGGAGUGGAGCUCUAAUGGGGCAUGGUCACCAGCUUGGCAUUAGGGACCAAUUUUGCUCGGUGCAGAACUUUGGAAUUUGGAAAAGAAAAAUGCAGAGAAAUUCCAAAAGUUUGGACAGAUUUUAGAUAAUAAAAAAGGCUAAUUAUAAGUAACAUAUAUAGCACAGAAUUAUUGAUAUGUUUGUACGUGUAUUUGUCUAAAAACAAGCAUGGGAGAGCUCAUAUUAGUGAGGGUCAGUGUACCUCUAAAAAAAGUCAAAUAAUAUUGUUUUGGAUAAAUCAUAAAAUUUUUAAAUAAUUGAGUAAGUAUUCAUUGGUUUGAUUAGCUCAGAA